AGGGCAAAGAGGUCUACCCCUCGACAAACUCCGCAGCCUAUCCCUUUCCAUCCCCUCUUUUUCUCUCUCUCUCUCUCCUCUCGAGCCCUAGAUUUCCUCCACCGUCUUCCUCCCUCACUUCUGGUUCUCUGCUCUGCUUCCCAGGCGAAAUGGCAAACGCAGCUUCAGGUAUGGCAGUGCAUGAUGAUUGCAAGUUGAAGUUCUUAGAGUUGAAGGCGAAAAGGACAUACCGUUUCAUAGUAUAUAAGAUUGAAGAGAAGCAAAAGCAAGUGAUCGUUGAAAAACUUGGAGAACCUGCAAAUAGUUAUGAAGAUUUCACUGCAAGCCUUCCUGCUGAUGAGUGCAGAUAUGCUGUGUAUGACUUUGAUUUUAUGACUGCAGAGAAUGUUCCAAAGAGCAGGAUUAUCUUCAUUGCCUGGUCCCCUGACACUUCUAAAGUGAGGAACAAGAUGAUAUAUGCAAGCUCCAAGGACAGAUUCAAGAGAGAGUUGGAUGGUAUCCAGAUUGAGUUGCAGGCUACUGAUCCGACAGAGAUGGGCCUUGACGUUAUUAGGAGCCGCUCCACUUAAAUGGAAAGUUUUAUAUGCAAUGAAGGUUCUUAACACCAUUUGUGUCCUAUAUGUGUCAUAUUUACAUCUUCCGGGACCUAGGACUUGCAGUUACUUUAUCUAUUGGCUUGUCAUCUGAAAUUUAUCGAAGAAGUUUUCAUCUCAAGCAUCGGAUGAUGCUCCAGAUCCUCUUAUGCGAUUGUAAUGGUGACUUUUUUGUUUGGGAUUGCAACACAUACAGUUUUUA